AUGUCGCACAACGAGGGGGCUAUCAUUGCGCCACUCAAGUUCUUGAAAUGGCUACGUCUUUACGAGACUGAGAAGCCUUUCCAGGUUUUCAUUAAUAUUCCAGAAGAUGCUCAAGAUCAGCGCACAACCAACCUUGCUUUCCAUAGCGUCGAGGUCCAUAUCCAAGAUGUUCGAAACUUUCCACCCCAUUACUUUUCUCUAGACAAGCACGGCUUCAUGUAUCGCCAACAGAAAUUGGACGCAGCUCAUAUUGCAGAUCGCGACAAGGUCGAAGAGCUGUAUCUCCCGGAAAUGGAGGCCUUACUCAAAGCCGAAUUGGGGGAUGUUGACCGCAUCUUCUUCUUUGACUGGAGGCUACGGAUGAACGCCCCCGAGAUCGAAGGCACUGUCAUCGACCUCAAUGACCUCACGACCUGGCUGCGACCCGCAUUACAUGUCCAUGUUGAUCAGAGUCCUUUGGCCGUGAUACGACGAAUUCUCAUGCAGCUUCCUUCGGAGGCUGAACAUCUACUACAGAGUCGCAUUCGUGUCGUCAACUUGUGGCGGCCAAUCAUCGACUGUGUUAGAGACUACCCCUUGGCGAUCUGCGAUGGCAGCACCGUCUUGCCGUCAGAUAUGGUCGAAGCCGAUCAUGUCAGACGGCAUUACACAGGCUCGACCAUGUACUUGCAGCACAAUGAACGACAGAAGUUCUUCUAUAUGAGCCGGCAGACCAGGGACGAGAUACUGAUAUUCAAGAAUUUCGAUUCCGCCGAGGGCGUAGCGGCCACAUGUGCACCGCAUGCAUCAUUCUUGGACCCUGCGGUCCCUCCCGCAUUCAUUCCUAGACAGAGUAUCGAAGUGAGAGCUCUGGUAUUCACAUACCCGCCACACCACGAAAGCGGGUUUCUCGAAGAAAAUCCGACUCAGACGCAAGGUCUUGCAGCGAAUUAG